CGGUCUACUAAUAACCUUUUGGAAUUCCCUCUGUCAGUUAUUCCUGUGUAAACAGUGCAGCAGCCCCUAGUGGUGAUGUGGGUGAACAACCAGGUGCACAACGUCACCUGACCCACGUGUCAGCAGCCUAAUCACAGCAGGUGUGCUGAAUGAGGACCAGAGGAGGACGUGUUCACCCGCCGCCAUUUUGGAUUCUUUUGUUUGGUUUUAAUCUCAGUUUUGUUCGGUGAAUUAUAUUUUUAGAUGGAUUUUAAAAUGGCUUUUCAUUUUGGAGCAUAGUUUACAUCACCACAGUCAACUGUCAGCAGCCUGUAAAAACCUGAGGACCAUCUGAACCCCGCUGCUUCAUCCAACUAUCAACAGAUAUCAACAAGUUCCAAAUGCUUCAUGAGUCAGUUCCUCCAAACAGCAGAGCACCUUCUACCACAAAGAGAAAGAAGAUGACGGUCGAGAGGAGUCAUUCUAUCAGAGAGGACAUCUACAACAUGUUACAUUGUAUAACAAUACCAGUAACAGCUGAAGAGCAUACUGUGCACACAUGGCUGUGGUCAAACCUUUUUUAAUAUGGGGUGGUGUUUGUAUCAAAUUAUGGUCAAAACAAUCCUAUUUGCACAUUAUUUCCAUCAAUAGAGAAUCAAUAAAUAUUCUUGGACAACUGUGGUCGAACCUUUCACUACUCCUCUUGAACAUUGUGAUUAUUUACAGUGUAGUUUUGAUGGAUGUGAUUAUAAAUGAAUGCACAUUCAUUACUUUUUACUACCGCCAACCAAGCCAGAUGUCCACAAAUUAGUGAAAGGAUGGGACAUGGGCUCAGGAAGAAUGGGUUGGGUUUUAGGGUGUCUUUCAACAUUUGCACCGAUUUCUAUAAGCACAAUUUAUGGAUCUUGAUGGGAAAAAAAACAGGCAUGUUUUAAGUGGACUGAUGUUUAUGAGUGUGUGAAAUUGGGUGCAGAUCCCAAUAAAAAUGUGCAACUAUUGAGUUUACAUGUGGUUUCAUCAGGGGCCUGUUGGGGAGGUAUUUUCUCUACUUAGAGACAUUGUUUGAGCCUGCAUCCGUCCCUACAAGCUUAGGAGAAGUGUAAAUGAACCUUUUGGAUGGAAAAAGAAAAUGAUAGCAUGCUGAUUCAAAACAAUAGUUUUAUUGUCUGCUCAACAUUGAUGUAUAAUGGUUAUUUUGUGAGUAGAUGUUAGUGCAGUGGAGCUGGAGACUCAAACAGGAUGACAGCAGCAAGUUAGACAAUUAUAUUAAUUAUUAUAUUAAUGAAUGUUUCAUCUAGUUUUCAGGUUUUUUGAAGAAAGCGUAUUUUAUUGACUGAACGAAAUCAGCCGCAUGCUUUGUUUUCAGGUGCCAGGGAAGCAGCAGCGGUUGCUAGGGCUAGGGACCCUUGCUUUUGGGCUGUCCACAGAAAAGCCAGCUCCGAAUUUAUUUUUUCGUUGUAAAUAAAUGUUUAAAAAUUUUCAAAAAAGCGACUGAACUUCUACGCAUACAAAGUUUGACUAUAUACCUAAGUUUAGUCAAACUCUGAAGAGUGGUUUUUUUUUUUCAAAUCGUGGCAGCGGCAGCUCGUAGAGGCACUUCCGGUCACAACGGCACCGCCACUGAUUUGUAAAGGCAGCUGCCGCGAUUUGAGGCAGCUGUCAGUUGCCACAGCAGAUCCCGUCCUAAGAGAAACAUUUGGGACAAAGUCAACUUAUGAUAGUAAAUAAAACUGUAAAUGGUUUAUAUGCAAUUGUAAACUCAAAUUGUGAGUCUCUCUUUGCUGUCUUGUAACACAAAAACACUGAAUACAUGUAUUCAGCCUAGAGAGAAUAAAUAUAAAUGGAGAGUGUGCCUGGUCCUAACGUUACUACGAACUUUGUUCCUUUGUAGUACUUCCAUCUACUUUGGUACAGUUGUAUUCAAUAAAUUCCUACAUGAGCAGUGGCAUCUCCGUGCAUCAUUGCCAUCAUGGGGCUAUUCACCGUCUUAUGUAGAAUUUAAGGCAAGGAUGAAAAUGUAAAUUUUCCCUUUGGUUUAUCAGUUUACUCAGGCACAGUAUCAGUCACACUGUAGCUCAUGUUUCAACAGUAGCUGAUACUGGGAAUAUAGUCUUUGGGUUCUUAACUAUCCAUGGACACCAAGAUCAUAUCAUAUGAAUCUGAUAGAUCUGGAGCUUUUCUUGAUUCAUUUUGAGUCCAACCCCCCGAGAGCCAACAAACUUUCUAAUAAACUUUCAUGAACCAGUAUAUAUCUCAUUGAAUAAAUCACAAACAGCUUUAGUUGCUCUGAGACAGUGGGGCGGCAGUGACAACUGUCCCCAAACACUUGUGGCAGCUGCCUCCAAACAGUGUGGCAACAGUGGCAGAUGCCAAACAGUGUGGCAUCAAAGGCAGCUGCCGUUAAACAGUGUGGCACCCAUCAGAUGCGGCCGUCUUUACAUAUCAGUGGCAGUUUCUGUUGACACAGGAAGCGUCUCUACGGGUUACCGUGGCCACCAUUUGAGUUUGCCCUAACUGAGAAUUCGUUGACAUGAACUCGUACCGCGUCCAGGAGCUGGUGGGUGAAGGCUCGUUUGGUCGAGUUUACAAAGGGAGGAAUAGAUGCACGGGUCAGGUGGUGGCCCUGAAGUUCAUACCGAAGGUGGAUCGAUCCGAGAAGGAGCUGCGAAGCCUGAAGAGAGAGAUCGAGAUCAUGACCGAUCUUCAGCAUCCACACAUCGUCCAGCUCUAUGACAGCUUCGACACGGAAACUCACGUUGUGGUUGUGACUGAGUAUGCAGAGCGUCAGUUGUUCCAGAUUCUUCAGGAUGAACGGAACUUCCCGGAGAGCCAGGUGCGUGAGAUCGCCUGCCAGCUGGUCUCAGCCCUGUAUUAUUUACACUCCCAUCGCAUUCUUCAUCGUGACAUGAAACCACAAAACAUACUCUUGGGGAAAGGUGGGGUGGUGAAACUCUGUGACUUUGGGUUUGCCAGGUUCAUGAGCACCUCCACCUUGGUGCUGACUUCUAUCAAGGGAACGCCGCUGUACAUGUCUCCUGAGCUGGUGGAUGAGAAGCCAUAUGACCACACGUCUGACCUCUGGUCUUUAGGCUGCAUCCUCUACGAGCUCCACACAGGCACACCACCGUUCUACAGCAACUCCCUCUUCCACCUGGUGCAACUUAUCGUGAGAGAUCAAGUAAAAUGGCCAGACACGAUGAGCGAGCCCUGCACGAGUUUUCUGAAAGGUUUGUUGACCAAAGACCCUGAGAAGCGGUUGACAUGGCCAGAUCUCCUGCACCAUCCCUUUGUCGCUGACUGUGUUCUAGUGCUGGCAGAAACAAAUGUUUUCAGCCCUCUGACCAUCUCACCCAGCCCUGACAUGAUGGCGCUUAAACUUCAGCAAGUGGCAGCGAAGACUGUACCGACUUCUGGACGUAAUAGAUUACUGCGAAAUGACUUGGAGCAGAGGGACAACAGUGGCCGAGAGAAACCAGUAGAUUGUGCUAAAGCUGAAGUUAAAAAGCAUGGACUGGGAAAUAAAAGGGUCGACUCCGCAAAAGCAACAAAACUCCGCAGAGCCACGCCCCACCCCAGUGAUGGUUCUGUAACCCCAGGUGAUUCUGUCAGAGCUAAAUCCGAAGCUGCCAAUCAAGUCCUCAACCCAAAGACUCAAGCCUGCGUGAGAUCAAAACCCAGGGGUCAGAUCAGCAUAGACUACGAAAAGGAAUUUCUGUCUGUGAAGGUCGGCCCACGACUGCUGAGUAGACGCAAUGACAACAAACAGACCAGUCAUAACCAGCAGAAUGUUGACAGUGUGGAGUACUGGGAAAAACUGGCCCAAGAAUCAGAUCAGAGCAAACAGCAGGGAGAGCAGUUUAACUACAACACCAUUAUACCUCAACUUAGAGCCAAGAUUCUGUUUUUUAAAAUUCAGUUAACAGGUGGCGCUGUUGAAGAAGCAUGGCAGAUUCUCCAACCGCUGAAGGUCUUGCGCAACCUGCUUCAGACCCCUGACCUUAAGAAGUCCAACUACAUUGGCCAGGAACUGGGACUACCCCAUGUCCUCUUGGACGUUGUCCACGUUACUGUAGAAAACUCAGACUACGUCCCGCGACCGUGGAGUGUGUCAGCACUUGGAGAAAUUAUCGCAGUCGUCAUGAUCUACUGGGAUAAACAUCCCGACUCGAUAGAAGAAGAUCACAGACUGGAAGAGUUCACCAAGCCCUUUCUCGCAAUUCUUAGUCAACCAGAUUUCUUUCCUUUGUCACCUUUGGCUGCGUCUGUUUUGUGUCUGUUUACACAACAUAACGUCGAUGUCAAAGCUGAUGUGAACAGUCUAACCUCCCUGCUGCAAAACCUGCUUUCGGACUCAUGUGAGCCGCUGCUUCCUCUUCCCUCCGGCUGGGGGCUUUGUGAUGGUCUGCUGUCUCUACUCCUACACACACUCUCUGAGCAUGAAAAGGGCUCUGGAUCUUCAAGUUUAGAUCCAGUUGUGUUUCUGGAUUUGUGGAAAAAAAUUGGAACUUCACUAGCAAAGACAACAGCAGUCACAGACUUCUGUUCGGCAAAUGGGCUGGUUUCCUUUCUGUCUACUGCUUUCUUCCUCUUCACCGAGGAUCCACACUCGUGCAUCCCUCUGUUUUCUGAGAGUGGAUCGAAAUGCGUAUACACUCUUGGUCGGCUGCUGGGCACUGACUGUCUUCAUCUGUUUGCUGAAGAUUGCAGUCCCAGGAGAUUGGAAGUGGAUCUGAGUCGCCACAGCAUGACCACGUUGAGCUGCCACUUGCUGUGUUUUCCAUUUGCCCUGGACCUGCCUUCGCACACUACGUCCACCAUACUCCAGCUGUAUGACAGUUGUGGUAUUGUCGAAAGCCUCGCGCAGGUUAUUCAAACUCUUCCUCCUCGGCUGUUGGAGCUGCCUCUCUCCCUGCUGAGCCGUUUGCUCCUGUGUGACCCCGAGCGCUCCGUCCCCCGCCUCAGACAGGCCGCCUGUGGUCUGUUCUCACCACCCAGGGGCCGACAGCUCACUGCCUCCAAACACCAGACUCUGCUAACCAGAACUGCCAGCUCUCUGCUCUUUGACUUGUUGCAGCAGGAUGAGCUGUGGGACUCUGCAGUGGAGCUCUUAACUCUGUUGUCUCAAGUAGCCCGUUGUUCCGCUCGGCCUGCCAGCCUUCAGCUACACCUGGACGCCUCGGUGCUGCACCAGGCGCUGGCUCACCCUCAUGACGGCGUCAGGGCCACCACCUGCAUACUUUUGGGCAAUCUGGAUCCGUUCGGGCCUCAUACCCUGCCGCCUGACAUUUUCAAAAGCCUGAUAGGCUGUCUUGAUGAUUCCUGCUUGCCUGUGCAGCGAACGGCUUGCAGGACUGUGGGCAACUGGUUGGGAUAUAUUGCAGCAAGGCCAGGGUUUAAAAUGGACUGGACAACAAGGUGGAGCAACGAGAAGAAACAAAACAAACACAACUAUUCAGACAGUGAGCCGGCAGGAGAUCUGGAAACGGACGAUGAUGAGGGGGGAGGUUGGGCGUCGUGUCUCAUCACUGACACUGACGCCCUCACACGACUCCACUGUUGCGCGGCCCUGGGAAACCUGCUAAAUGUUGACAACGCUGUGUCCUUGUUGUUAAAGAAAGACGUGUCCAGUUUACUUCUGAGAGCUUCAUGCACGGAUUCCCAUAAUGCAGUGAGGCGAGCUGCCAUAGCAACCCUGUGCCUUUACAGCGAGCAGGACGCAAUCCGUCAGGUCCUGCUGUCCCUCGACGCCAGUGAGAAACAACUAUCAGCAGCUCAUUGGACAGUGAGUCCGCUUCAUGAGUGAUGGCAGGUGGUAAAAAACACUCUCACUUCUUACUUUACAGCAGCCUGUGACUUCCUCCCGUCUCAGAAUGAUGUGGAAGAGGAUGACAUGAUCAUUUCUUAUGUUUUGUCAUUUUUCUUUAGUGCGUCUUAUCUUAUUUUAAAAAUAUAUAUAGUUUUGAAUUAAAAUGAUGCAAAUAAAAACUAAACUUGUGUGCUUUGUUUAACUGUAAUCUGAAGUUAAUUUGCAUGACAACAGUGGGUCCAAUUCCAUAAAUGGAAGUGUUGCACAGAAAUGAUGGUAGAUUUUCUGUUUAAUUAGAGAGGAAUAUUUCUGAAUUUCACUUGAACAUAAAACAUUCAAGGUGCCAUGUUGACUGACAGAUUUAAAGGUCUGUCCUUUAUUUGUUUCCCCUAGCAAUAAACAGGUUUCAAGAUUAAAAAAUGACUUGAUUUUAACUGUCAGGGAAACUGCGCUUAAAACACCACUAUUAAUCUUUCAGGAGGUCGGAUGUUGAAUCAGUGAAGUCCAUCUGAAGUUCUCAUUUUGCAGCAUGGGCUAAAAAAAUCUGUUUUAGUGAAGAUGGAUUAAAUGUGUUGGCUCCUCUCGGUGAGUGUGUGGGAUUUGUCCGGGACCAGGCCUGCGAGCUCGGGUCAGACA